AUGGUUAACCCAAGAGGAGAGUGUAAGGCCAUAACACUAAGAAGUGGAAAGGUUGUAGAAGAAACAACACCAAUUCAAAGCCACCAAGAAGAAGAAACUGCAAGGGAACCUAAAACCAAGAAGGAAGAAGAGAUCCCUGCACCAUCCCCACCAAAGCAAGUCCUAAAGCCUUAUGUGUCGAAGGCACCCUACCCACAAAGACUGAGGAAGGAUGGAAAAGACAGCCAGUUCUCUAGAUUCCUAGAAAUCUUCAAGAAGCUCCAGAUCAACAUACCUUUUGCUGAGAUACUAGAACAAAUGCCACUCUAUGCUAAAUUUUUAAAGGAGUUCAUGACAAGGAAGAGGAAUUGGGGAGAGAAAGAGACUGUAGUGCUCACUGAGGAGUGUAGUGCCAUAAUACAAAAGAAGCUUCCCCAGAAACUAAAAGAUCAUGGGAGCUUCCAAAUCCCCUGUAUCAUUGGGAAUAUGAACAUUGAGAAGGCAUUAUGUGAUCUCGAAGCAAGCAUAAACCUCAUGUCUUUGGCCAUGAUAAAAAGAAUGAGAAUAGAGGAAGCCAAGCCAACAAGAAUGGCACUCCAAUUAGCUGACAGAACGUUUAAAUUUCCCCAUGGUGUGGUGGAAGAUCUAUUGGUGAAAGUGGGGGAAUUCAUCUUCCCAGCAGAUUUUGUUGUGCUUGACAUGGAGGAAGAAGCCAACACCUCAAUCAUCCUAAGAAGGUCAUUCCUAGUUACUGCUGGAGCCAUAAUUGAUGUUCAAAAAGGGGAGCUAGUCUUGAGAUUACAUGAAGAGAUAAUGGUUUUCAAUGUCUUCAAGGCAAUGAGUUACCCCAAGGAAGCCAUUAAUGAAUGCAUGAUGGUGGAUACCAUUGAAAACUUGGAUCAAGGAGUCCUAAAGGAAGAACAAUGUGAAGAAACUCAAGAGCAAGAUCAUCAAGUCUCAUAUGGUGAGCUACCACUAGAGGCUAUGGACAAACCAGUCAUGAUAGACAAGACAAGCAAGAUGGAAUUGGGGGCACCAAAGUUGGAACUGAAGAUUCUACCCCAAGUUUAA